AUGAAUAGAUAAAUUGAAGAAAGUUCCGAGAACUAAAUCAAAUAUGUUACCAAGGAUGAAGACGAAAAGAAAUUUAAGUUGCUUAAACAGCUUUUCAGAUCCUAAUUCAAAUAAUCUUACAAAUAUAUAGGUAUUGUCUUUUUCUUGAGAUCAGGUUUUUACCUACUUUUUAGUUUCGGAAAAUAUCUUGCUUGCUUUUACAGUUUGUAGUAGAGGGAUAAAAAGUGCGAGGUCAAUCCUUUGGUAGUAUGGUUAACAAUUGUGGGCAUGUAUGAAUUUUUCAAUUCCAUUCGUUACUUAGCAGUACUAUAUUCAUUGCAGAUGAACUCCAAGGAUAUUUUCUUGUUAGUUAUGGCUGAUAUGUUAACCAAAACAUCAGAUGAAUCAAUGAAUCUAAGUGGCAUGCAAGAAAGGAAUAGACGAGCAUAAAUCAAAACUCUUAUUAAAAUGAAAUUAUCCACUCGAGAAAUCUCAUAGGAAGAACUAUUUGCUGAACCCCCGUUCACUUAAUACGAGAUUAUUCAUUAGGCUGAAGUUCUCAACAAAUAUACUAGAAUCAUGAAGGUGUAUAACCAAUUCGUUUACUAUAUGAUCUUCACAGGAGGAAAUGUAGCAUACUUCUAAUCAGAUUCUAAUGAUUGCGAUGAUAAUUUAAACAAUGUAACCUUUUUACUUUUAUUAAUUGGUUACGUAUUUUCAGCAUUUCUCAUUAUUGGCUUUGGACUAGCUGUCAUUUCGAUGGCUUUGUAUAUGCCCAUAAUACUCUUCUUAUUCAUCUACAAAUCCACUCGCAAUAUUGUCCAAAAAAUACAAACCAAAAAUAAAAUAUAGAAAAUGCGCGUAUUUCAUUAUAAUAAUUCUAUGGAAAUUUCUAUUUCAUAAUGCAACAUUUGUAUGUGUGAGUACUUGGAAAAUGAUAAAAUUAUAUAGUUACCAUGCAGCUACAUGCAUCACUUCCAUGAUCAUUGUCUCUAACAAUGGAUAAUAAUUAAAUAACAAUGUCCUGUUUGUCGUAAAUUAAUUUGACAAUAUUUACACAACUAUAUAAUAUAUCAUUAAAAAAAUAAGAAAGU